AUGGCUGCUCAUACCAUAAUCAAAAACGGUGUUGGUUCUCCUUCUUCUUGUACCACCUAUGAUCAUGAUCAUGAUCAGAGAAACAAGAAAAGAAAACGUGAUGAUUCUAAUGGAAGAAGAAGAAAUAACAAUUGGGGGAGUCUCACUUCUCAAUCCAUUGAAACCAAUGUUGUUUGUGUCUGUUUAUCACUAGGUGGUGCUUCUUGUUCUACCCUCUCUUGUUCAACAGAGAACAACAAGAAAAAGAAGACAUGCAAUGUUGAUGACGAUGCUGAUGUUGAAACCCUAAGAAAUUGGGAAUGUUCAACUGAGUUGAUGCUAUACGAUGAUCCAUGGAAGAUAAAGAAAGUGUUGACACAAACUGAUCUUGGCAAUAACAGUAGACUUUUGCUCAACAAAGAAUUGGCUCAUGAUUUGGUGGUUUCUGUUUUGGGUGCUGUAGCGGCUGAGAACGAAGGAGUUCAUGUUGCUGUGUGGGAUGUCGACACCGACUCUCUCCAUUCCCUCGUUUUCAAGAUACGACCUUCCAAUAAAAGCCCAGUUUUCAAAGAGACAUGGAUCAAGGAAUUUGUAGUUCGAAGGAGUUUAAAGAAAGGAGAUGAAAUCGGAAUGCAUUGGGAUCCAUACAAGAAACGGUUUGAUUUCUCGGUUCUUCGUGCCUUUCGCCGACAUUAA